UGACAUAUGGACAGGGGGGUGGCAGAGAACAUCACCAUACUUUAAGUGUGUCUUCGUUUAAAGGAGUAACUUUACAACGAAAAACUAAUGUGCGCUUGGACGAUCAAAUUCUGACUUUGUCUCUCUGUGAAUAUUUGGGACUUUUAUAUGUUUUUAUGUCUCAUUAUUCAUUUCUAAAGUGACUGACAGGAGUUUGAAGAGUGUUUUGAGUGGCGUCAGACAGUUCUGACCUCAGAGAUUGACAGACAGUGACAGGCUGCAGUGGAGUGUGAGUGACCUGAAGGAGGAGGAGGGUGUUAAACACUGAGGGGAUACAACAUGUGCGUUCACAGAUCACUUGAACGGAUUUUGCAUGACAGACAGACGAGUCACACUGGAUGUCAUAAUGUAUCUACUCUUUGAUAUCAAUCCAAUCUUCAGGGGUCUGGGACGUUUUGAAGGCUUAAAAGGAUUUUGACUCACAUCCUCAAAAAAUACACGCAGACAGAUAGAUAGAGGAGACUGGAGACUCGGUCAAAAUCUAGAAUCUGCUGUUCAGGAUUUACUGUUGGAAAAAUCCACUCCAAAUCAAAGCGCAACAACCACCUUCGGGCUCCACGCUGCACCCAGAGACGAUACCACAGAAGAAGCCCUCCAUUACUGCAACAUUUGUUUCAUUGGCACCCUUUGUAAUAUUGAAGUGAGGGAAUGAAUACAGGCUCACGUUUACUCAAACUCUAGAUGCAGCCAGCAGAGGCAGGAGUGAUGGGAGAUAAGGCUGGAUCAGAGGGCAGCUGUGGCUCCAUCCGAGGCACACAUAGUCUGGACUGACGGAUAGGAGACUCACAUACUGACGCUGGCAACGAUAACAGCAACUGAUGGAUUUCAGGUUGGCCAAAUGAAAAUGUACAUUUCUAGUGAGGUAGAGCAGCGAAAUGUUAUAAUAUGAUCUGCAGGAAAGUGGAACAAAGGACAAGGAAAUAAAGGGUUAUAAGGAAAAGACACUUCCACUGGAUGUUUAAAGGGCUCUGCAGGACAAGCUGCAGGUGGUGCACAUGAACAUCACACACAUAUAAAUACACACUGACACACACACACACUGCGCACACGCUGGGCAGCUGGGACGAACAGAAGUUUGGCACUGACGGGGAUUCCCCCAGAGACUUCACCACCAUGAUGGAGAAGAUGCACCCAACUGGCCCACCCGCCUCACCCCCAGACCUGUCUCGCCCCUCCUCCACCUCCUCCUCUUCCUCCGCCUCCUCCCCAUCCUGUUCCUCCGUAGAGCAGCACAGUCCCCUCCAGAAGAACGAGACUUUAGCCUCCUCGGAUGCUAUCAGCAGCUCGCGUCCUGCUAACAAGACAGGGCACAUGGGACACACGGCUGUCCCCUCUGCUGGCUCGAUUCAGUCCCCCAUUCCCACGACGACGGCGCUAACCAGUCCCCUCGCAGAUACAGCUGCACCUGAGCCCAUCGUCAUGGAGACCGAGCAGGAGGAGGAGAAACAAGGAGGACCAAAGAGCACCACAGUCCCUGCAGCUUUUGCCAACGGGUCCCCAACUCUUUCCUCUCCACCUCCGCUCCUCCCGGCGCGAGUCAAGACCUCCUCGUGCCCUCUACCACGUCCAACCUCCACCGCGUCCUUCCUUUCGUCUUCAUCAUCCUCUCCUCUUCCUCCACACAUUCCAGUCAUCAGCCUCAGUCACAGCAAACCGCCUCUUCCGCUCCCAAAUACCCCUUUGACUGCCCUCCACCCAAUUCCUAAUCUCCUACAUGGGCCCCAUGGGGACCUUCGCCGCAGUCAGCUGACCUGUUUGCCUGUGGCCAGCCCUGCAGCUUCUGUAGCUUCUGGGGGGCCUUCAGCUCCCUCCCCAGGGCCCCUGCUGCCUCAGCAGUACCUGUCUGCACACCCAUUCUUCAGCAGCUCUUACCUGGGUCCCUCAGGAGGUAACUAUGGUGUCGUCAACAACAGCCGGAUGAAGAGAAGACCCUCGUCACACUUUGAGGUGGAGAUCAAUGACCGCUCUGCACACUCAGACAGUGAUUAUGUGUGUCUAACAGGCCCGCCUCAGAAACUCGCUCGCCGUGUCUUCACGAACAGCCGCGAGCGCUGGCGACAGCAAAAUGUGAACGGGGCGUUUUCUGAGCUGAGAAAACUCAUUCCCACGCACCCACCCGACAAGAAGCUCAGCAAGAAUGAAAUCCUGCGUCUGGCUGUGAAGUACAUCAACUUCUUGGUCACUCUGCUCAACGACCAGGCGCAAGACAAGAGCAGGGACUCAACUGAGGAUGAGGACGAGAACGCCGCGGCUGGGCCGGAUGGUAAUAAAAGGACCCUUCUUUUUCAGUGUAACACUCCUCCUCCAUCCCACGCCGCCCCGCCAUCCUCAGCCCGUCCCGCUACAGUCCACAGAGACAGAGACUCAACUGACUCAGUCAUCGCUCUGGCUAACUCCCCAGCAACAUCCAGUUGCUAUGGCGACACGGACAGUGAGGAAAGCUUUGGGGCUAAGACCUCUUUGGUGACCCAUGGCAUUCUGGGAAAGGUCAAAGGUCAGAUAAGGAUGGUGGCAGCCACAAAUGAUGAGCGGUGACACCAAACGACAGCGAACAAAGAGGUGUAAAUGUCACACUGACGGACAGGACAGGACACACAAUCAUCGCCUGAUACCAAAAGGGUUUGAGGAGCCCGAGGGAUUCUCUCUUCAAGAAGUGAAAUAAGUAGGAGAUGGAUUUCUGGAGACAUUUCUCUAGUUUUAACUUUUCCAGUGAUUUCCAGUGCAAAAAUUAAGUGUGAGGAGAAAAUACUGAACUGUGCUGUGAGGCAAGUUGAGACGCAUGAAACAUAAAAGAACAUUCAAACAGACUCUAACUUGUUUUAUAUCCAAAUAAGAUCCAAAUGUUUCUUUUAAACAUUACACCUCGAUGCCAAACAAUGUGGAUGAAUUCUGCAAAACAGGGUGCAAAUCAAGAAGUCAGUGAAGAAAUUCAGGAUCUUGAAUUCCCCCUCUAGACCCAUUAAAAUGUUAAAGUCUCUCACAAGUUCCAGUCUAAAAGCAGUCGCAGUAAUGUACAUGUAAAUAACCAGUAUUGCCCCAGAACAGUUAUGGUGAUUUAAGAGUGCUCUAUUGUGCCUGCAGAAAAGUGCAUGAAUGUAGUGCAUUCAUGAAACAAAGUAGCAGUUUUCAACGUUCCUGCUGUUCUUAUUGUCAGAGAAGCAGGGCCGAUGGUCCCACCCUGACAUUGUGAAACACUUGUACCAGACAGAAAUAAAGUGUCUUUUGGUCUGCUGUUCCUCA